GAAAUUCUUUUUAAGGAAGAGUUGUCGUUGCUGACGGAAGACGUCGCUAGUGAGCACGUGUUAAAAACGAUUGUAAACGAUGGCGGAGGUUAUGUUAGAAGUUGAAGAUGGGGAUGAAUUUGAGGUUGACGAAGAAGGAGAUCAAGGUCUCGUGAAGUUGAAGGAAAAGGCAAAGAAGAGAAAAGGGAGAGGAUUUGGAUCAGAUGGUCCAACCAAGAGUGGUGUAGAAGAAUAUGAAGGAAUGGAAGUAGAUGACGCUUUAUCAGUGGAUGGACCAGGACCACAAAGAUCGGUUGAAGGAUGGAUUUUGUUUAUUACUGGAGUACAUGAAGAAGCGCAAGAAGAUGAUAUUUACGACAAGUUCUCAGAAUUUGGUGAAAUAAAGAAUUUACAUUUAAACUUAGACAGAAGAACAGGUUUCCUCAAGGGUUAUGCUUUGGUUGAAUAUGAGACACAUAAAGAAGCUGAAUCGGCAAUGGAUGCUUUAAAUGGUAGUGAAAUAUUGGGACAGAAGAUUAAUGUUGAUUGGGCAUUUGUUAGAGGACCUAGAAAUGUCAAGAAAGACAGAAGAGAUGACAGACGUAGAAGGUGAACAAAUAAAAAUGGUUGAUGUGAAUCAUGAUGUAUAAAACCUUUCAUUCAUCAAGUGUCACAAGGAUAGUUCUACCAAAUUUAAAAACCUUUUUACAAUUCUAUACCUUACAGGCCGGUAUUUUCAAUAAUUUUAUUUAACUAGCCAGUGCUUCACGUUUAUAUAAAUGUGUGGGAGCCACAAAAGAACUCCUGCCAAUUUCAAAAAAGAAAAAAAAAGCUCCCUUAAAAAAAAAACCUUAAUUAUAUUGCAAGAGUAAGUCUACAUUUUGUUGAAUUAAGGAGAGCCAAAUUAUAUUUAUGCUUUAGUCUUGUUUAAUAUUUGGUGAAUAUGUUUGGAGAAUAUGGUAGCGUCAAAAUUAUCAUCAUGGAAACUGAUAGCUCUGAGGUAUGCAGUUUAAAAAUAAACAAAAACUGCAAUUAGUUUAUUAAUCUCAAUAUUUAGGAGAGUGAUUUAGCUAAUUUGCAGGAGUCUUUAAUGAUUCCCGCGAAGCAAAUUUGAGAGGAGCAGGAACAAAAGCUCACCUUAAACGUGAAGGACUGCAAUUAUUGCUCUUAAUCCAUUUUGAAAUGAAACCUGACAUGUCACAUAAUGCGAGGGUCUUGUUAAUUCAAAAGUUUCCUGUAAGACAAAUUGCAUUUCAUCAGCUUUUAUUCUGGUGGCAAUUCUCUGUAUUUUGAUUACGACAGAUGAUACCAUCAAAAACAACUGAAAACAGGGUCCUCAAAUUUGAUUGGCUUGUUAUUUAGUAGAUAGGUCGUUGUUUUAGGAGUAGGCCAUUGAUUGUAGUCAAAACUCCCCUGCAGAUUACGAGCUGUACAGCGUAAGUAGCUUCCCUUUGUCACGAAAUCAUAUCAUAUGUACAUAAUCAUUACAAUUAUAUAUAAACAUUGUCAUAUAUUUGUUUUUAGUUUAAUCUACGAUGUGUGGAUAAUAUAAUUAUGCAUUAUGAAGUUGUCUGUACAGGCGGUUAAAUCUAUUUGUUAAGGCCAGCUCAAUUUUUGUCAAGGUCGCCAAGAUGUAAACAAGCUUAGGGUAUGGGUUAGAGUAAGCAUUGGGGCUAGGUUCAGGGUUGAGUUAGUGUUGGGAUUAGAUCUAGCUGUUUUUACAUCUUGUGACCUAAGAUGAAAAAUUGAGCAGGCCUUAUCAUUUAACACUAGCCCGAUACAGACAUGUCGUAUUAGAUCAACCAUAAGUCUCAAAGAGAAAUAGACAUCCAAGCAAUUUACAUUACAAAGUGCUGUUAGCAGAACUAAAAUCUAAAUGGGACAUAAAUGUCUUUUAGAAAUUGACAGCUGUAUUUAACUAAUUUGUAGCAGGACCACUCAUUGCCAUUACCAGUGGAAACCGCAAGCACAUGGAAAAUGGACAAUCUUUCAUAAAUAAUACUAAACAUUGUUAUGCCUAAGGCCUAAGGUUAUGCCUGAAAUCCGUUUGGCCAUCAUAUUUUUAUUAGACCAUUUUCACCAUAAUAAUAUGACCAGAUGAUGAAAUAACUCCAUGGUUUUAGCCAAAAUACCAUCUAUUUUAACUUUCUACAUAGCCUCAACUUAAUGUUAUUUUUGAAAGCGAUUAUUUAUUUUACACGCCCUGGGUUUAUGACUGGAUAAAUUGAGAAGGCUAAAUCGGUGACGAUCCUGCACAUGUGACGUCAUGCGUGGAUUGUGGGUUAGGAUAAGAGUUAGGACCUGCAGAUUUCGUCAACGUCUAGAGAUGUAAACAGGGCUAACCCUAACGCACAAUCCAUGCAUGACUUUAUAUGUGCAGGGGACCAUCUUGGAUAAAUAUCAUGCUUGUAGUCAUUUUGUGUUAGUUUUUAUCAUGAAUCAUUUCUACAUACAAUGUAAGCUACAGUCAUUGUUGUAAAUAUUUUAAUUACUUUAAAAUAAAUAGAAAUCAGCAUAAAGA